AUGACAUCAAACGGAAACGGGGCCAAUGGCCACUCCAAAGAGCGUACUCCUCUUCGGCCAGGCAUUUACUCGCCCACGAUGACGUUCUUUGACCCCGAGACCGAGGAGCUAGAUAUCCCUACCAUCAAGAAGCACGCAGUACGACUUGCCGAGGCUGGCCUUGUUGGUCUCGUCACAAUGGGAUCCAACGGAGAGGCUGUCCAUCUGUCACGGGCUGAGAAGACCGCUGUCACGCGAGCAACCCGUGAGGCCCUCGACGAGGCUGGCUAUCAAAACGUCCCGGUCAUUGUCGGUGCUUCUGAACACGGCAUAAAGCUUACCAUUGAGCUCUGCAAAGAAGCAGAGGCGGCGGGUGGCGAGUACGUUCUUACUGUCCCUCCCAGCUAUUACCGCUAUGCCAUCGACGAAGACGCCAUUUACGAGUACUUUACCAAAGUCGCAGACGGCUCACCACUCCCAAUCAUUCUAUACAACUACCCAGGAGCUGUUGCCGGCAUCGAUAUGGACAGCGACCUCAUCAUCAAGCUUGGAAAGCACCCAAACAUUGUUGGUACCAAGUUCACAUGCGGUAACACUGGCAAACUCACGCGUGUCGCCCUUGCUACCAACGCCUGCACAAUGAAGAGCGAAGGUAGUGGCUACAUGGCCUUUGGAGGCAUGGCCGACUUCACAGCUCAGACUGCUGCUAGUGGCGGAUCGGGAAUCAUCGCUGGUGGUGCGAACGUCCUGCCGAAGACAUGCGUCAAGGUCUGGAACCUAUGGGCAGAAGGCAAAUACGACGAAGCCAUUGAACUUCAGAAGGUACUCAGCAAAGGCGAUUGGGUUCUCACAAAAGCAGCUAUUCCUGGAACCAAGUCAGCACUCCAGUCGUAUUACGGCUACGGCGGAUACCCCCGCCGGCCACUCAAGAGGCUUCCGCAAGAGAAAGUCGAUGCAGUUGCAGAGGGCAUCAAGGAAGUUAUGGAGGUGGAGAAGAAGUUAUAG